AUGUUUUUCUCCAGCCUCUUGCCCAACCCCAUCUCCCCCGGAGCUCGGCUUUCCCUCAGUGCGUGCCUGGCGCGCACCAGCGAGCUGAGGAGGUCUCCGGGUUCUCGGAACCUGCGGGCGAAUCGCCGGGGCCGCGCGCCCACUGGUGGCCGCCACAGGGACAUGUCCCGGGGCGGGCCGACCCUGGUGCCGGGACUCGGGGGUGCAGCCCACCUCCCGGGGCCCAGCGCCCGCGCUGCCAAGGCCUCCGAGUCCCGAGUCCCGUCUCCAACCGCCCCCCAGGCGGCCCCACCUCACACAGCGCGCUGA